AUUAUGCCCGACACGUCGCCGGGGGGGAUGAGCACUCGUAUUCUUCACUCGACUCCUCUAUUAAUACCUGCAGAAAGUGCCUCCCACGGCAUCGUCUGCUGAUGACUCUUCUUGGUGCCAAGAGCACAGCCAAGAUCAACCAACUUCGCGCGCGUGCAAGGCGCCAGGCUGACGAUCUGCACAGACGUGGCUCUCUAGGUCAUCGCACCUUCCAUAAUUGACAUUGAGAGCGAUCUCUGUCACUGUUGUCUGGUCGAGGACUUGGGAUGGCUCCCACGUCUUCCUCACGCGACCCCUACGCACCUCGCACCGGCUGCCCAGUAUGCACGAUCGUGGCCCUAUCACGCUCUCCUCCCACCCAAGUCCCAUCGGUUAACCCAGACUCAUCAUCCCCGCUCCUUUCCUCCCCCGACCCUUCCAGCGUCGCUGCAGGCCCGUCAGUGCCCAGGCCGGUAUAUGUGACCCCGAGCGGAGGGGAAGUCGUCUACGUCGACAAGGACGUGACGGUGUUCGUGGAGAAGAAGGAUCCGGUGAGCAGUAAAGGACACCUGAUUGUGGUUUUCAAUGCGCACAUCACCUCUCUCUACCACCUAACACCCACGUCCAUCCCUCUCCUGCAACGCGCACUCAAUCUCUGCCCCCACUUGCUAGCUCAGCAUUUCCCCCCAACACCCCAGGCUUCCUCCCCUCAGCCCUCACCCUCCCCAGCAGAACAAAUACACAUCGGCCUCAUCUCGCCCCCCUGUACCGAUUCGAUACUUCCAGGUUUCCACCUCCACUUGCACGCCUAUAUCGGUUGUGCCGAUCGGCUCCCCUGGGUCAGCUUGCGUACGCUUGCCUUUGGCCCGCUGGGGUGGUACCCUCUGGAGGACCUAAUCGGAGAGAUCUGGGAGAGCACGAGCAACAACAGGGUCAAGACUGGGUACGAGAAGGCAAGGCCCAUCGCCCAAGUACCUAAAGCAGGGACGAGGGUAGGCUUGCCUGACGGAAGAGAGCUUGUUGAUUCUACAUCGAGGGAGAGCAAGACUAGGAGCCUGAGAGUUGACUCUGGUAGGCAAGAUUGAUUCUUUCUUAGAUUUGAUGGGACAGGAUUUUGUUGGAUCUCAACUAUUGCUACGCUGUGUAGUUUAUCUCUGCAUGUACCCAGAGACACUUAUGGAUAUAGGAAUCAC